AUGGCUUCAUCCCAGGCGAGCAAAGCGCCCGUAAACCCAGCGGAUUCUGUUGACGAGGAAUUCGUCGAGGACAUGUCAAAUUUCCGGAUACACCUGAACCCAGCAUCGAUGAUUCCAGACUUGUUCUCAACAUACCCCCCUGUGAGGGAUGAGCUUGAUACCGAUACCUCAGCGACGCAAGAUGAGACUGUCGAGAUCUGCCUCCCGUACAUUUCUGGGCAAGAUGCGGAUGUCAAAUACAAUGACUACGGCGUGCCCAGUCUCGACCGCGAAGGACACGCCAGGUUCCUGCACCGCAACCUCGGGACACUCCCGGCGCCCUUCAUCGCUGCCGAUGCUAGUCGUCCGUGGUUCCUGUUCUGGUGUCUCAACGCGCUCACGUUGCUUGGCGAGGAUGUCUCUGGCUAUCGCGAGCGUCUGAUUGAGACUGCGCUGUCCAUGCAGAACGAGUCAGGUGGUUUCGGUGGCGGGCCGGGCCAGCUCUCCCACCUGGCGACCACCUAUGCCGUGAUACUGUCCCUCGCAAUUGUCGGCGGCCAAGACUGCUACGAAGUCAUUGAUAGGAAGGCUCUCUGGAGAUGGCUCUGCCUACUGAAACAGGCCGACGGCGGUUUCCGCAUGUCGACAGACGGAGAGGAAGACAUCAGGGGCGCGUACUGUGCGGUAGUCAUCAUCUCGCUUCUCGGCCUGCCCCUGGAUCUCACCCGAGAAUCGCCUGCAUGGACGUCGGAUGGGACUGCCACUCUGUUCACUGGCCUUGGGAAAUGGGUUCGUCGAUGCCAAACGUUUGAGGGAGGCAUAUCGGGGCAGCCCGAUGCGGAAGCUCACGGUGCAUAUGCAUUCUGUGCACUCGGGUGCUUGUCUAUAUUGGACACGCCUAACCGGAGCUUUCCUCAAUAUCUUGACGUUCCACGACUCAUCGCUUGGCUGUCAUCACGGCAGUAUGCCCCGGAAGGUGGGUUUUCUGGUCGCACCAACAAGCUCGUAGAUGGAUGCUACAGCCACUGGGUCGGUGGGUGCUGGCCACUUCUUGAAGCGUGUGUGGGCGCUCAGGGGUCACCCGGCGCUGCUCUGUUUGAGAACGCUUCACAGAGUCUGUUCAGUCGCGAGGGCCUGAUACGGUAUAUUCUCUCUUGCUGCCAGGACAGGACUAAGCGUGGUGGCUUGCGAGACAAGCCUGGGAAGCCGUCGGACGCCUACCAUUCUUGCUACGUUCUAUCUGGCCUGAGCUCUGCGGAGCACAAGUGGGAGCUCCAAUCGCCCAGCGCCCAGGAGCCGAUGCAAGGCUCCGGCGGCCCCGUGUGGAGAGUCUCACCUUACCCAUAUGACGUGCAGAUAUUCGACGAAGCGGAUCGCGUGGGUACCAUUCAUCCCGUCUACACCAUACCGGAAGGAAAAGUCAUCGAGAUCCAGGAGUAUUUUAUGUCCAAGGAGGGGUUCUAG